ACACUCACUUCCUGCUGGAGCUGUUCCUGCGGAGAAUAAAAAUACACUCCUAGCAAGCCAGCUAGACGAGUUGUGAAAAAGUUAUGUCUGGCUGUCAAGUGGAUAGAGAUAGACUGAUUUUGAACAUGGACGUUACUCCUCGCUUCUCCGUACAUUAACAGCAGAAACCACCCCCAUGUCCAGAGAGCCGGCACUGGUGACAAGUCAACUGCGAAUGUAAGUUACUAGCUGUCGUUAGCUAGUAAUGUCUCUAACGUUACCAUCUGCCGAUAUACUUGAAACACCUCCUGGAUAUCCGUUUGAAGAAAUCAACCAUGAGGAUAUUGAAGUUGAGGAGGUGGUGGGAAGAGGAGCUUUUGGAGUUGUUUGCAAAGCCAAAUGGAAAGGCAAAGAUGUGGCCAUCAAGACCAUUGAGAGUGAAUCAGAGAGGAAGGCCUUCAUUGUUGAGCUCCGGCAGCUUUCACGUGUGAAUCAUCCCAACAUUGUGAAGUUGUAUGGCUCAUGCAAUAAUCCAGUCUGCCUUGUGAUGGAAUAUGCUGAAGGCGGCUCAUUGUACAAUGUGCUGCAUGGUGCUGAACCCCUCCCCUAUUACACUGCUUCCCAUGCCAUGAGCUGGUGUUUUCAGUGUUCCCAGGGCGUGGCCUACCUCCAUGGCAUGAAACCAAAGGCUCUCAUUCACAGGGACCUCAAGCCACCCAAUCUGCUUCUGGUGGCAGGCGGCACUGUGUUGAAGAUAUGUGACUUUGGAACAGCAUGCGACAUUCAGACCCACAUGACCAACAACAAAGGAAGUGCAGCAUGGAUGGCCCCAGAGGUAUUUGAAGGCAGCAAUUACAGCGAGAAGUGUGAUGUGUUCAGCUGGGGGAUCAUUCUCUGGGAAGUGAUCACUCGCAGGAAGCCCUUCGAUGAAAUUGGAGGACCAGCUUUUCGCAUUAUGUGGGCCGUGCACAAUGGCACAAGACCUCCUUUAAUCAAAAAUUUGCCCAAGACCCUUGAGAGUCUGAUGACUCGCUGCUGGUCUAAAGACCCCUCUCAGCGGCCUUCCAUGGAGGAAAUAGUGAAGAUCAUGACUCAUCUAAUGAAGUACUUCCCUGGAUAUGACGAACCGCUGCAGUAUCCAUAUCAGUAUUCAGAUGACGGACAGAGCAACUCUGCUACCAGUACAGGUUCAUAUGUGGGCAACACUGGCACCAGCAACAAAAGUGACGCAAACAUGGAGCACAGUGAUUCCCAAGGGAGUAACGAUACUAUCAAGAUCAUGCCUCAGUUUGCUCCUUACUUCAAGCCAAAGGCAGACCCGUUGAGGUCUCUGCCUCUGUCGAGGGGGGGCAGUGUGGAGAGUCUGCCUGCACGGACACAGUGCCUGACAUCAUCUGACAGCAAGAGAAUGAGCGCUGACCUGUCGGAGCUGGAGCCCAAGCUGCCAUUUGCACCUGCAGCACGUCCGCAGUUUAAACGAGGCCAUCGUAAAACGGCAUCAUACGGCACCAUUCUGGAUGUCCCCAAGAUCGUCAUCACAGCCACAUGCGAGCCUCAGAGACGGCGCUCAGUGCAGGACCUGCCCGGCAUCUGCUCAGAGUCCAGCCAGGGGAGCAGGAACAGCAGCCGCUCCUCCAGUCCCAGUGUGAGGAUGAUGCCCCCCGAUAAGACCAGCAGCAGAGGGUACUUCUCCCCCGAUGACCCUACAGACACAAACGGCUCAGACAACUCCAUUCCCAUGGCCUAUCUGACCCUGGAUCACCAGCUGCAGCCUCUUGCUCCCUGUCCCAACUCCACAGAGUCCAUGGCUGUGUUUGAGCAGCACUGCAAGAUGGCGCAGGAAUACCUGAAGGUGCAGACUGAGAUCGCCCUGCUCAUCCAGAGGAAGAAGGAGCUCAUUGCUGAACUGGACCAGGACGAGAAGGACCAGCAGAACACGUCCCGUCUGGUGCAGGAGCACAAGAAGCUGCUGGAGGAGAACAAGAGCCUGUCCACCUACUACCAGAAGUGCAAGAAACAGCUGGAUCUGAUCCGGGUGCAGCAACAGAAGAGACAGGGCACGUCCUGAUGAGGCGGAGACAAAUGAACUGCUACCCCCCCUCCUCUGCCCUCCCCCUCCUCACCCCAGCAACAGAACACUACCCACCCUCUCUCACACACACACACACACACACACACACACACACACACACACACCACACACACACACACACACACACUGUUCUGUCGGAGACUUGCACUGUGUCCUGCAUGUUGAAGACCCUCGCUCCGGUGGGGCAGGAAGUGACGUCCUCUGAACAUUUGCACAUCCUCACAGUGUGUUCGGUGAGCGCAGACCAAACAAUCACUGCCCCCCCCUCCCUCUGAUGAGUGUGUCUACAUGUUUGCUCUGGACAGCCACUCAGUCCUCCACGAUGUGAAAACCAAGACGAAGGCUGGUCAGUGAACAAUGUGCAGGAUCCCUGAGGAUGUUUGGAGGCGUGGAUUCCCUCAUAUGCAAACCCCCCACCCCUUAAAUCAACACAUUUAUCUCCAACUUUUUUCUAAUUGUGAGCAUGAGCCACCUGGCGUGUGCCCCUCAGGUUUUGAGGUCAGAGAGGCAUGUACUUCCUGUCUCUGAUAAAGGAAAGCUGGGGUUUGUGUAGACCUGAAAAGCUCCUCAUGCUGUUCAAACUACUUCUGGCUCCGAGCUAACCUUCCCCUUUCCACUUCUGUAUUGUUUGUGCGUGUAGAUGUUUUCGUCUUUUCUAUCCAGUAGUUCACUUUGUAUGAUAGCUCUUGUGUCAUUUUUGCGCUAGGAAAUAUUUUAUCUGGUGGGGAAUGCCCUUGCGGACAAAUAGAGGAGCGUAUACCUCCGUACAGUAUCUAGUUUGUUUUUAGUUCACAUGUUGCCUUAGAAGUUGCCUGCAUUUUAAGUGCUUGUUUUAUUUGACAUGUCGUGGGGAUAAAAGAAGAGGGUAUUUUUUAAUGUAAUGGACUUUGAAUGAACUUCUUGGGAGUGAGAAGCGUCUAUGAUUUACUAAAAGAAUGCGUUUUCUUUUCUUGGUCUCAUAUCCCACGAAUACUUUUGCACAAUCAAUUUAGCUUUGUCUGGUCAUGUACACAUUUUAUUUCUCAUUUAAACUCAUUUUAAAAUGGCAAGACUUGACGAGUCUUACUUUUAAAUGUGUAUCUGUGCAGGAGUAAUCUUCAUCGGGUCUCUUCUUCAGUUUUCUGAUCAUGGAUUUAGCACACACCACAGUAUAUGGCAGUGAUGAAGGCAUUAUGAAAUAAACUGAAUGGUGAAAAGAC